AACAAAGAUCCAAAAGUAUCAAAAAUGUAUUUAAAAAAAAAAAAGGUUUCGAGCAUGCAGGCUCUUCAUCAGACUUUAGAAGUAAAGUUAUUGUCCGUUCACACAUUGGUGACACUAAUGGGAGGGUCUUUCUUUCAAUGUUUAAAAGCACAUCUUUUGGAGAAAGCCAGGAAUUUGAGUGAAAAACAUUUCUCAGGCUGAGCUGUUAUGUUUGUGAGCUUCCUGUAACCAUUUCUUUUGCUGAACAAAACCUGAAGUCGAUGGAGAAUCAAGCCCUCAAUCAACAAUUAGAGGCUCCUGGGGCAGGGAACACACAUCGUCCCUUCAACAUGAAUCAUUACGCUACUAAGAAGAGUGCAGCGCAGAGCAUGUUGGAUGUGGCUCUUCUGAUGGUGAACUCCUCUCAGCUGAAGACAGUGCUGCAUUCAGGAGCACAGCACCGCUUCUACGCUCCUCUCAUCGCUCUGAUCUCACUGUCCAUCUCACUGCAGGUCACUGUGGGCCUCCUGCUCAUCUUCAUUGUGAAGUAUGACCUGAAUGAUGUUAAGUUACAGCCGAGGCUUAACACAAUGAAUAAUAUGGCCACUGUUUUAGUGUUCUUUACUGUUCUCAUCAACAUCAUCAUCACGGUAUUGGAGUCUGGAGGGUGAGCAGAGGCUCUCUCUUUUUUUUUUUUUCUCUUGUCUUUAUAAUUUAAAUAGUAUUUAAGUCUGGACAUCUAAACUUUAUUCUUUACAGUACAUUAAUUAUAAUACUGUACUGUACAUCUGUUCUGUUUCAGAAGCAGCAAAUGAUACUGCAGAAAGUUUUUCUCACUGUAAUAAGUCUUAAUAAACUUUUUUUUCUGCCAUCUGAGUCUGCAAUGUAAUAUUAACACACAUUUGCUGACCCUCUCCUAGAGUCUUUAAAUCGUACCAGAAGCCUUUACACGUGUGGAAACAGUUCUGCUGAAAACUUGGUCAAAGGAUUUAAUCAAGUCGAUAAACACAGUGGAAAAAAAAAGCUUAAAAUGGCACUUUAUUAGAUAACAUUUCAAACCAACUGGCUUUUUAUUUUAUAAAAAAAAAAAAGAAAAAGUAUUUUUUUUUAAGCAAACAUUUUUGGAAUUCAAGAAGUGUUUGAAAAAUGUUUGUUUAAUUAGCAAAAAAUGAGAAAAGCUUUGGUAUAAACCUUUGUAUGCACUUAGUUGUCAUUAUCAAAGUACAAUUUUAAUAACCAUGAUAUUCAUAUAGUUUUUGGUUGUCAAAAAGAAAGUUCAAUACUUUAUAUACAUAACACAAAAAGGCAUUUUGGUAGUGUCAACAUGUCAGGGACAAGCAGCAGGAUAGUAAUGAAUGAAUGAAUCUGUAAAAAAAAAAAAAAAACAUUUUUAUACAAUUUAAUCCUUAAUAAUUUUCACUAAUAGUAGUGAGUUAAUGAAA